AUGGAUGAUACACGAUUAGAAUGGAUGAAGCAUAUUAUUUAUAAAGCGUUAAAUUUAGUAGAUGAUGAUAUAUUUACGGAAUUUCUUGAACAGAAUGAUAAUACAAAUGAAUUAGAAUUAGCGAAAUUUUUAAAUGAUUCACCAAAAGAUGAUUAUCAAAUGUUAUUAUUUUAUAAAACUCAUUAUGAAGAAGAAAUUGAAGAGAUUUUACGUAUACCAAAAAAACAAGCUUCAAAUGAAAUGAUCAAUGUGGAAGGUGAAGUCGAAUCUGAACACUUAGGCAGUUCAAAAGAAAAGCAAAAUGGAAUUUCUAACGGGAUCCAUAUCAGCAGUGAUGUUGAACAUAACGAGUUGGAUGAAAAAGAAGGUGAUGACCCAUUUAUCGAAGGGAAUGGUAUCUCACCAGAGUAUACAACUAUCAUUAACCGUAAAACAAGAUGGCGAACAUGUUUAAAUAUGAAGAAUACAAGUGUAGGAGUUGAGAACUUAACAGAAGAAUAUGUUUAUUUUAUUCGAAUCACAAAAGGUUAUAUUAAUGCACCGAGUGAUUUGAAACAUACAUUUAAUUUUAUGCCAAGUCAAAUGCAAUGGGGUUACAUGAGAGGAAGCUUUCUGGAAAGUCUACUAAAUUUACUAAAGCAUGUAUAUGCUCCAUUACUGAAAGAACAACAGUCAGUCUUACAUCAACGUCAGAAUAGACCGAUAGAUUAUGAACACAGUACUAAACCUAUGAACAGUGAUGAGAAAGAAAAUUUGAAUGUUGAUGUAAAGAACGGACAAGAUGAAGAAAAGGUGUUACCAGAAACGAGGGAUGAAUUUUUGAUAAAUAUACGGAAAUUUUAUCGUAUUGUAGAAACAACUAUCCAUCAGUUGAAUAGUGACAUUGUUUUAGAAGUACCAGAUUUAGAUGUCACCGGUGAAGAAGAUGAAAUUGUGAAAAGUUCAAAGUUUUUAAUUAUUGAAAAAACUAUCAUAUCUUGGAAUCGACAAAUUCGUCAAACAUUAGACACUUUACUAGAAAAAACUCCAGAUGGUACAAGUCCAUUGAAUCUAAUUGAUUAUUGGCGUGAUCGAAAUUUAAUUCUUGGUACACUAAUUGAACAGUUAAAACGUUCACCUGUUGUAAGAUUUUAUCAUUUACAUCAAUUACAAGAAAAUGAUGCAUAUACUGCAUUAUAUAGUGAGAUAAACAGUUUGUAUAUACAAGCUAGAGAUAAUGUCAAAUUUCUAUCUUUAUUAGAGAGACAUUUUAAAACACUUACAUUUGGAAAUAAAUUUGAGUCAAUCAUAGACAUUAUAUAUCCUCUGAUGCAGACAUUUCAUAUGAUAUGGGUUUUGUCAAGAUACUAUAAUCGUGAUGAGAAUAUGUUACAGUUAUUUGAAAGAACUGCACUAACCAUAGUGAAUCGAGUUGUUCGAGCUAUUGACUUGCCAAAUUUAUUUCACUCUGAUGUGAAACAGUCUAUUUCCUUGAUAAAAAUUGCCAUUAAUUUAUUAAAUCAUUGGAAAUCAGUUUAUUAUCAAAAACGUGCUGAAAUUGAAACAGUUGGUCGUGAUGCACGUUGGGAAUUUGAUAAAAUCAAAUUGUUUGGAUAUACAGACUUUACAUGCUUAAUAUGCGAAAAUCUUUUAGAAAUUUUUACAACAAUAGAAGAUUUUCAAAAUAUUUUUGGUUCAGAACUUAAAUCAGUUACAUGUGAUCCUAAGAAGAUAGAUGAAGCAAGUAAACAUGUGAAAAAUAUUAUUGAAAAUUUUCAUGAGAUUAGAAAUGAUCCAUUCAACAAAGAAAAUAAAAGUUGGUGGGAUGAAGAGUUACAAAAGUUUCAUGAAGUUGUUCAACAUCUUGAACAUGAAGCGAAUUCACUCAUCAAUGAUUCAUUUACAUUAUUACGAUCUAGUGAAUCAGCAUUUGAUGUUUGGUGUAAAUUUCGACAUAUUAAAACGCGACCAAAAAUUCAUGAUUUAUUAAAUGAAAAAUUUGUCGACAUUUUAAAACAAUAUGAAAAAGAAUUAGAAAAUGUCAGUAGAAUAUUUAAUGAUGGUUCAGUUUUGCCACCAUUCUAUGAUGGUCAGCAACACGAGAUGAUAAUUCGUGUACUGACAAAGUUUACACCACCAAUUUCUGGACUAAUUCAAUGGGAGAGACAUUUGUUAGGUUGUAUUAAAAAACCAAUUUUGAAAUUUUGA